AUGAGACCAUGUAAAGUUUUUCCAUUUUUCAUAAUUUUCCUUUUAAACAUUUUAAAUAUAAUAUGCAUUAAGUAUAAUAACCCCAAAAUAUAUGUGAACUAUCAAUAUAACAAUCCUUAUCAGAAUGGGAAAUACAAUAAAAAUAAUAAGCAUGGAUUCAUUGGAUUCACUAAAAAAAGUUACUAUUUGGUGAAUUUAAAUAAAAAUACAAUAAAUAAAUAUAAAGAACAUGUAAAAAAGGGCAACAAUUUAAAUACUUUAUAUUUACAAGAUCAAGAAAAUGGAAGAACAGAAUUUAAUUAUAAUUCCUUGAAUACAAACAAUGAAAAAUUGGAAGAUAAGUUAACUCCUAAAGUGUUUACGAUAUUUAGUAAAAAGACCUUAACCAAACUUUUUUGUUUAAGUUCUUUUUGUUUGUCAUUAUAUCCAGCGUACAAAUACAUAAUCAAUAAAAAUUAUGAUUUGUGGGUUUCAGAAUAUCUUAAAGAAAAAUUAUCGCAAUUAAAUCUUCCACCAAAAUUACAACGCUAUUUCUUCGCCAUUUCAAUUGAUAAAUUCAAGUCAUCACCUUUUUUUCUUUCAUCAAUUUUGAUAGGAUCAUAUUCGUUAUAUAUCAUUUUAAAGGUUUAUAUAGAAAAAUAUAGAGAAGCAAAAAGGAUUAAAACGUCAAUUGACGCUUAUAAUAAAAAUAAAGAUGAAUACAUAAACACAGGCAGGGAAUACUCCAAUGAAAAUUAUGGUAAAGACAAUUUUGAAAAUAUGGAUGAAGAUGAUGACUUUAAUAAUAAUUUUUUUUGA